ACUCCCUUUGGUCGUGGCGAACGAAACCCUAAUCAUCACUUCUCCACUUUUGUUCGUCAUCAUCCUCUCCAAAAUUUCUUCAAUUUGAUUCUGCAAUUGCCUUAUCCUCUCUCUGGAUUCAAUCUCAAUUUCUUCUUAGCCCGCCAUGGAUGCUCAGCGAGCUCUGUUGGACGAACUUAUGGGCGCAGCUCGUAAUCUGACAGACGAAGAGAGGAGAGGUUUCAAGGAGGUUAAGUGGGACGAUAGAGAAGUUUGUGCAUUCUAUAUGGUUCGAUUUUGUCCUCAUGACCUCUUUGUUAACACGAAAAGCGAUCUUGGAGCCUGCUCGAGAAUUCAUGAUCCAAAGUUGAAAGAGAGCUUUGAGAACUCUCCGAGGCAUGAUUCCUAUGUGCCUAAAUUUGAGGCUGAGCUUGCACAGUUUUGCGAGAAGUUGGUGAAUGAUCUUGAUAGGAAAGUUAGGCGUGGGCGAGAACGCCUUGCACAAGAAGUUGAACCGCCUCCACCACCUUCUCUGUCAGCAGAAAAAGCUGAACAAUUGUCUGUUUUGGAGGAGAAAGUUAAGAACCUUUUGGAACAAGUGGAAGCACUUGGUGAAGAAGGCAAAGUGGAUGAAGCUGAAGCACUGAUGAGGAAGGUGGAAGGGCUUAAUGCUGAGAAGACGGUGUUGUUACAACGACCAACUGACAAGGUACUCGCGAUGGCUCAGGAGAAGAAGAUGGCAUUGUGUGAGGUUUGUGGUUCAUUCCUUGUGGCUAAUGAUGCUGUAGAGAGAACGCAGUCUCAUGUCACUGGAAAGCAACAUGUUGGCUAUGGCUUGGUUCGGGAUUUUAUUGCAGAACAAAAAGCUGCUAAAGAUAAAGGAAAGGAAGAAGAAAGGCUAGUAAGAGGAAAAGAAGCAGAUGAUAAGAGGAAACCGAGGGAGAAGGAAAGCGAGAACACAGAGACCGUGGUAGAGAUCAUAGAAAGCCUCAUGACAGGAGAUCAAGGAGUGGGAGAGAGGGCCGUGAUCGAAGCAGAUCACGAUCUCCUCAUGGAAGGUGUUGUCACUGUAUCUUGGGGCCAGGAACUUUGCAAAUUAAUGAGCUAUUCUAAGAGUUUGAGACCUUACCGAUUAUCCUUCAUCGGUUAUUUAAGAGGUCAAAAGCAUUGAGGUGUGUAUACACAGGAGGAAUAAUAAUCUUUGGCUUUGGGGUUAGGUAUAACUGUUGUAUUUCUUGGCAUCUUUGUUUGCAAAAAAGCUUUCAGUGUACUACAAGGAAUCUCUGCAAAUCCAGGAAACACACUGGAUGGGUCUGCAUGAUAUUUGAUUCAUAUCGGGUAAACUCACUCCGUUGUUUAUGAACUUUUGAUAACCUUUUCCAAAUUCCAAAGCUGGAGCACUAUAGUAAAACAGUAGGUUCUCU